AUGGCGCAGCCACGCUGCAAGAUACCUACUUUUGCUCGGAUCAAUGAUCUUGAACGUGAAAUUUCUGUCCUUAAAUCUUUCAUUACAACUCUGAAGAAUGCCCCGGCUGAUACUCGAGAUACACUGCUGGCAUCAACCUCACUCGAUGACGGGCAAUCUGGGGCAUUCCAAGCCGUUACCGAGUUAGGACAAAAUAGCAACACUCGCAACAGCGAAGAUGUCCAACAAGGGCAGGAAAAUGCCUUGACUUUAUCAGACUCCGAAAUUGAUGAGUCGGAUGUCACUCCUUUUCUCUCCAUUGAUGAGUCGGGCAAUCCCGGUAAUUUUGGCCCGUCAUCCGCGUUACACGUUUUCACGAGUUCGGGUCAGUCUCCGAAACUAGCACAUAUUCAGGACCUAGAGCACAGGCGAAACAGUCUCGUCGCAAAUGCCGCUUUGCAAAGACAAGCGGAGCACCAUUUAUCUACCUUGCCCGAGAUUGCUGGUGUGCCCACUGAGGUAGCUUUACAUUUGUUGAAUGUACAUUGGGCUCGACAACACCAUACUUUUCUCUUGACAUAUCGGCCUGUUAUCAUGCGUGAUAUACAAGAAGGUGGCUGCUAUUCAUCUCAUUUCCUACUUAAUGCAAUAUUCGCUUGCUCCAGCAAAUUUUCGGAUCACUCCCGGGGGCAGGAGAACCCGUUUUUCGACAUCUGCGAGAAAAUCUUAGCGCAGAACUCGCUUCUUAUCCGCCCGACUAUACCCACUGUGGUCGGCCUCCUUCUCCUGGGGUCAACUCAUAAUGCGCGCGGGGAAACAACAAAAGGGUGGCUUUUUACUGGUUAUGCAGUUCGCAUGAUAUACGAUUUAGGGCUUCACCUGGACCCUCAAGGGACGACUGAGGAUCCCGAAGAGAUUGAGAUACGAAGACGAGUUUUUUGGGGGGCUUUUAUAUGCGAUAAACUUCAAAGCCUCUAUCUCGGACGGCCAGUGGCAAUCAAUGUCUAUGACCAUCAGGUCUCUCGGGAAUUACUCGACACCUUUGAAGAAAAAGAAACUUUUUUGUCAUCUGCUCCGCUACCGUCGCCUAUCUACUCCGUUUCUACUUUCCGACAGCUAUGCCUUCUAUCGAAAAUUAUGACUGUGGUGAUCAAUCGGUUUUAUGCAGUCAGAGCGACCUUCUCUAACGCACUUUCAAGCUUACAGAUGGUCAAGGCUGCGCUACAAAAAUGGAGAAAAAAUUUGCCUUCGCAGCUAGAACUGCAGCCAUGGAGCGAGAAUGCGCAGAUUUGUUCCUCGCCGAAUGUAAUGACUCUACAUGGCAUAUAUCACUCUCUCAUCAUCCUGCUUUAUCGACCAUUCAUUUCUGAUGGCCAUCUACGCUCUGCAAAUGUACCCCAGCACUCUUGGGAACAAUGCACUGGAGGGGCAAACCAAAUAUCGGCGAUCGUGCGAGCCUACAAAGAUGCACAUGGCCUUUCAAAAGCCCCAUACCUCAUGGCUUAUUCUUUAUAUGUAGCAUGCACCAUUCAUGUGCGGAAUGCAGCGGGAGAGCUCAAUGGGUUUGGCGAACACACCAUGCGCUUGGUUGCAAAUCUUGAGUAUUUGAGCAUGAUGUCCAUCACUAACCCUGGUGUACAACGACCCAUUCAAAUCAUCAAAAAGCUUGUCGCCUCGAAUAAUAUCAAUCUCAAUAUUGAUCAAACUUUGAAACCUGCCCCAUCUACCGAAAUUUUUGAUUUGGAUCUUAUUUUCGGCACAUUUCCGACUUUUGGCGGUCCAGAAUUUUCAGAGAUGGGCGAGCAUAGCGAGGGUUUAGAACAAGCUCAUCCAGUAGAUCCAUUGUUCGGUUUCAUGGACGCUACUAUGCUCCCUUCUGGUGAUUUCUCCAUCUCGGGUCCGAUUUUAGGAUAUGAUUCUUUAACUUGA